AUGGCCGAAACCCCACCACCAUCGCAGUCUCAGCCGUCUCAACCACCGUCUCCACCGCAUCCAAUCUCUGCUGCUGUACCUAAUAAUCCUCAUACCGAAUACUGGUGCUACCAUUGCGAAAAAAGUGUCGCCGUCGAAGCCCUACCCGAUCAUCCUGACGUCAUCUGUUUCGAGUGCAAACUCGGCUUCGUUCAAUCGAUCUCCAUCCCUCUAUCACAUAUCGGUGACCUAAUGGAUGAUGAAAUUCCACCUCUCAGCAACGAAAUUGUUCAGUUCCUCAGAGCAAUCGCUUCUCCUGAAGACGAAAACGAUUUGCCCCUUCCUGAUUCCGCUGUCGAUGUCUCGGUUCAUGUCUUCGGCGAGGUUGAAGAAUCGGACGAAAAUAACGAUAAUCAUCAUGAAGAUGAUGCCGAUGAGAAUCGUAAUCGAGGAAAUCGAGAUCGUGAAGGAUCGGAUGAUGAAAACGAAGAAGACGAAGAGGAAGAGUUGCGUCAGAGACAAAGGCGUCAUCUUCUCCGUCUUCGUCUCCACGACCACGGUUUAUCCGCCGGCCGUCAUGACAGGAUUCUCGAUUGGGCGGAGCUUCUGUUACAACUCGAAGACCAAUCAGUCACAUUCGGUCAACAGCGUCUCGAAUUUGAAGAUGAUUACAUCGGAAACCCAGGUGAUUACAUUGACGCAACAGGAUACGAUUCCUUUUUACAAACCCUAGCCGAGAGUGACAGCAACGAUAAGAGAGGGCCGCCGCCGGCGUCCAAAUCAGCUGUUCAAGCAUUGCAAACGGUUGAGGCAUGA